AUGGCUGCAAAAUGGACGUGCGCGCACCAAAACGCCGGGUGUUCUGCGAGCGCUUCCUGGCCCGUCUGCUCUUCCAGAGAAACAGAGCCAACGCAACCGCCCAGUCCGCCAGUCCGCGCCCGCCACAGCCAGCAGGGCCUCCAACUGUGCGUCUCGUCUAGCCCGGCCCGCGCCUUCCGCGGCCAGGCCGGCUUUUUUUUUGAAAACGGGGCCGCCGCUGAAGCUCCGGCAGGCGGCGCGGUCGUGCGCGGCCCAAUACGGGUGGGGCGCUCUCCCAUUUUGCAGUCGGUCAAACCAGAGCCAAGUCCUCACCUCCCCCCACCAACCCACGCCACACGCCCGGACGCGAGCCCACAACCACCCCGCGUGCCCGUACCCAUUGCUAACACGCCCUUGCUUUUUUCCGCGGCCGAAAAAGCGCCCGUUCCGCAUUUGCCCCGCCCUCCCUCAUAUCCCACCUCUGUCCGUGGGCAUACGCCAAGGCGUCUCUAG